AUGACUCUUGGAUAUCCGCUAGACUACGCCAGUCGCGCAGACACAUACUAUUUGGCUUCCAAAGUGAAGGCCAAGCUUACAAAAGAGGCUGUGAGCCACGACGUAAACCUACACCGCCUGGUGUGCCAGGCAAACUUGCUGGACAACCUGAUCGACAGACUUAACGCCAAGGAACACGAAAGAGGUCGUCGCGUGUCGUUUGAAAACAUACAGGACGAGAGACACGUCCGGGUGGUGGAGUCGCAGAAACCCGAGCUCACGCGCGUGGACGAGGAGUACAGCGACAGCGACAGCGAUGACAGUGAUUCUGAGGAGGAUUACGAGUUUUACGAAGUUGACGACGAGGACGAUGAGAGCGAGUCUUUUUACAUGAAUCACGACAUAAACGGAUCUACAGUGACAAUCACGACCAAGAGUCUGGAUCUUGAAGAGGAGGACGACAUGCCUUCCCUAACCGUGAGCUCCAGCGAGAGCGAUUCGGAGUCGGACUACGACAGCGACCACGAAAUCGAGCACGCGCACGUCCAACACGUGGAACACGCGGAUCCAUCCAAAGUGGAGGCGGCGCGCAACCUGAUGAGCCUGAGACGCGGUCUUAUUGAGUGCAUGUAA